UGUAAAUCGAAAAUUGGUAUCGCAAUCCAAAAUACUUUUUUGUUGCUCUCUACUAGCCUGCCUUUCUGGGAACGCGAAAAGAAAGACAAAAUUUUCUUGCAAUUGAAGGUGAGGUUUGGUGAAAGGGAAAUUGAGAAAACCCUAGAACAAGUACGGUCUCUAUUUUGCUUUAAUGGGUCGCGAAUCUGUGGCUGUUGUGACUGCGCCGCCCUCGGCGACUGCUCCGGGUACUGCUUCGGUGGCGACCUCGCUUGCUCCUGGCUUCCGAUUUCAUCCGACUGAUGAGGAACUCGUGAGCUAUUACUUGAAGAGGAAGGUUCUGGGCCAACCUGUACGCUUCGAUGCGAUUGGAGAGGUCGAUAUAUACAAGCAUGAGCCCUGGGAUUUAGCAGGUUCGCUGGGUUUCACUUCCACUCUCUCUUGGUUUCUGUGCAUCUCUUCCAUUUGGGGGUUUUCUGUGAAUUUGUUGCUUCUGAUUUGGGAUUUUUGUGGUCUGGGCUUCUCUCGCUUCUUCUGACUCAAUUCUUGGAAAAAAGGUUUUACCUUUUUAGGUUCCGAUUCAUUUUUCUGGGAAAUUUUGUUGCAGAUUCUCUGUUGUUACAUUUUGCUAUGUUUAGGCUAUAACACCGUGAAGGUAGUAUUUCAUCUAAUCGACUUCUUAAGUGGUUCAAAUAUUCGUUUUUUCCAGAUUCCGUUAGAAUUUUAUGCUUACUUGUGCUAUAGUUUUGUUUGCUUGUGGUUCAGGAAAUGUAAAAAGUUUGAAGUUUUGAGUUAAGUCUGGUUUUAAGUAAUUUCUUAGUUGUGUUGUGUGUUUAAGUGUUUUCGAGAUUGAAGACAAGGGACCAAGAAUGGUACUUCUACAGUGCAUUAGAUAAGAAGUAUGGAAACGGUGCUAGGAUGAACCGAGCAACUAACAGAGGGUACUGGAAAGCUACUGGAAAAGACAGAGAAAUCCGCCGUGACAUUCUGCUUCUCGGUAUGAAAAAGACACUUGUUUUCCACAGUGGGCGUGCACCAGACGGGCUUCGGACUAAUUGGGUUAUGCAUGAGUAUCGCCUUGUGGAAUAUGAAACCGAGAAAAACGGAAACCUGGUGCAAGAUGCAUAUGUGUUGUGUAGAGUCUUCCACAAGAAUAACAUUGGGCCACCAAGUGGGAACAGAUAUGCUCCGUUCAUGGAAGAGGAAUGGGCUGAUGAUGAAGGAGCUCUGAUUCCAGGAAUAGACGUUAAGCUCAGGCUAGAGCCGCCGCCAGUAGCCAAUGGAAACGACCAGAUGGACCAGGAAAUCCAGUCAGCCAGCAAGAGUCUCAUCAACAUCAAUGAGCCACCGAGAGAGACAGCUCCACUGGAUAUCGAAUCGGACCAACAGAAUCAUCAUGAGAAUGACCUCAAGCCGGAGGAGCAUAACAACAAUAAUAAUUAUGAUGAAAACGAGGAAACACUCAAACGCGAGCAGAUGGAAGAAGAGGAGCGUCCUCCUCGACCUGUAUGCGUUCUCAACAAAGAAGCUCCAUUACCUCUUCUGCAAUACAAACGUAGACGCCAAAGCGAGUCCAACAACAACUCAAGCAGGAACACACAGGACCAUUGUUCGUCCACAACAACAACUGUCGACAAUACAACCACUUUAAUCUCAUCAUCUGCCGCUGCCACCAACACUGCCAUCUCUGCAUUGCUUGAGUUCUCACUCAUGGGUAUCUCCGACAAGAAAGAAAAGCCGCAGCAACCGCUACGUCCUCACAAGGAACCUUUGCCUCCUCAAACUCCACUUGCAUCUCCUGAAGAGAAGGUUAAUGAUCUCCAGAAGGAGAUUCACCAGAUGUCUGUUGAAAGAGAAACUUUCAAGCUUGAAAUGAUGAGUGCAGAAGCUAUGAUCAGUAUUCUCCAGUCAAGGAUCGAUGCGCUGCGUCAGGAGAACGAGGAACUCAAGAAGAACAAUGCUAAUGGACAAUAAAGGCUCUAAAAACAUCUCUCCAGGUUACUUCUUAUUGCCCUUCGCCUUUUAUUUAGCUUUAAUCUCCCUAAUACUAUGACCCAUCUACAUAGCUCCUCUAGACAGAUUGCGAACUGUGUGAAUCUCUGUUGUAACAUAGGAUAAAACGGAUUCGAGCCCCUGAGCUGAGUGUUUUAUCCUUCUUCUUUUUUUGUGUGGAUGUUCUUGCAUCUUUUGAGAACAUUUUUUAGGUUGCUCCAUUGUCAUAUAUCAUCUAUCUAUCUAGUCUUUUCAGACAAAAACUAUCUUUAAGUUGUCUCGAGAAUGUUGUCUUCAUAACACACUGAGCCUUCUCUGGGGUAGUAGUGGUUAGGUACGAGGGCAUAAUUGUCAUUUCCUUUGCAUUAUCAUUUAGAUUUCCAGACAAGAAGAACUUUCUUUGUUUAAAAUAAUUGGGAAUUAUGUUCGGUCUCCGGUAAUACCGUGGUUAAUGGUAAGGAUAUUUUCGGCUAGGAUUACGAAUGUGGAUGCGUCAGCGACGUUAGAAGACUUUCGUUACACGUAAUUUGCAAUAAUUUUAAAAAAGCGAAAAAGUGUUUGGUACGAUUUUUUCAA